AUGGCAUCCGCACGGGUUAUUUCUCUGAGUAUUGUCAACGCUUUUCUCAGUAUUUUUGGAAGCGCCAUGAACAGUUUAGUGAUUGUAGCGAUUUACCAAAACGUAGAGCUUCAAAAGGGUCUGAAUUUGUUGAUCGUGUCCUUAACAGCCGCAGAUCUUAUAAACUGUCUGGUUGCGCAGCCAAUGUACGUCUACUAUCUUAGCAACGACGAGAGUAACAACAGCUACCUUGCAGCAUUCGAGAUAAUCGCUUACAUCGGCCUUCAUGUAGUUUUCUCUAACCUCGUUAUAAUCACUUAUCAUAGAAUGAAGGCUUUGGCCCGACCUUUCCAUCACCUUCUGCUCGUCGCGAGAAAAGAUCUCGUGGUGGUUAUAGUGUUGACUUGGAUCGUGUCCAUAGUUAUUGGUGUUGUGUUCGCAACGGAACCAGGAAAACGUGCCGGUGCCUCUGUCCAUGCUGCGAUGAUACUGAGCUUGGUUUUCACUUAUAUCAGAAUUCUGUGGGUGUCCUGGAGGCGAAGGAGAAGAAAAAUCGCGGAACAAGUAGGUACAGCCAAUUACCACCAACAAGCUGCCACCAUAGAGCAUGAGAACGCCGCGGCCAUCACAUCAGCCAUCUUGGUGGGCACUACCUUACUGUGUUUCUUGCCUGAUGUUGUUCUCGAUGUAAUGGGUGAAGGAGAAGUUAACAGGCGGUUGUGGACAUACACUCUGCUUUUUUCAAGCUCGGCGCUGAAUCCUUGUAUAGUUAUUUGGCGUAAUCAACGGUUCAGAAGAGCAGUGCUUGACACAUUUCGCCUCCGUAACUGA